CGAUAAAUAGGCGACGAGAACAGUCGGCUGGAAAAGCAUGAGACUACUCUAUCUUUGGCUCUUCUGGGCUUUCUUGAUUUCAUUGGCUGUCCAUGGGACGAGAACGGACGACAAUUCAACGGCAAUAACAACAUUGAGGGACCCGGUGGAGCGUGUUUUCUCCAGACGUAAAAGGUGGUUGCUCUUCCCCAAAGGCUCCGCCUUGAAAUUCACGGUGUCACUCAGCAAGCGAUUGCUGGCCGUGUACCCCAAGGGAUUGAACUUCAAUAUGGAGGCUGCUUUUUAUUACCCGAUGCACUCUGCGCGUAUAGACUUGAUACCGAGACGCUUUAGAAAACCCACAACGAAGGCCCCGAAACCAACCGGAACGACACCGCUAACCCUCAUCGGAAUUCCAGGUUCAUUAAUAAAAUAUCGGGCCAAACCAGCCACAAAGUUCCCGGUGGUGCAGCGCGUAGAUUACAACGCCUCUCAACUGCAGUGGUUACCGACGGGCGGAGUCACUGCAACUGUUGCUCCCCAUUGGAGUAAGUGGAGUAAAUAUACUUCGCCGGAGUUUGUGAAUAAAUAUCAGUGGAGACCCGACAAACGGGUCAAGUUUGUAGACAAGUACGUGACGAAACCUAGUGCCAAGUGGAGUCACUGGCAGGACAAGCAGUACUAUGCGAACCGAUGGAAUCGCUAUGGCAGGGAUAUACAUCACGACGAGGAGCACGAAGAAUCGGAUGAAAUCGGGGAAACUCCCCACUACAACCUUUACCGGGGACGAAGGGAUUUAUUCGAUCACUUUGAGGGACUCACCAAGCUGUUGGGCAUCGACGUGAAGACCUGCAUCAUGCGAGCCAUGUGUGACAGCAAACGUUUCCUCCUGCCGCCCGGCUACUCAUUGCUGCACGACGUCCUAAGAGUGUUGUUUACAUUUCCCACCGUAAGUGGCGUGGAGGACGACUACACGCGGAUCAUGGCAGCGGAUUACGAGACAUGCGAUGCCCAUUUGCAUCAUAGAUGUCCCCUCAGCAUACUCGAUAUGUUUGUGAACUCCAAAAGAACUUUUUAAAUAAAACAAAACAAGCCACGUAGAA